AUGGCCUCAUUGAUACUAUGGGACGAGGCCACCAUGACUAAGCGACAGGCGGUCGAGGCACUUGACAACAGCAUGCGCGACAUCAUGGGAAGACGGGACCGACCCUUUGGAGGAAAAACUGGUGUGUUUGGCGAGGACUUCAGGCAGGUGCUUCCGGUCGCCAGGAGGGGGUCCCGGGGUCAGAUAAUCGAUGCAACCCUUCGAAGUUCACACCUCUGGAAGGGUAUGCGCCAGCUAAGGCUCGUCACCAACAUGAGGGCUCAUAAUGACACCUGGUUUGCGGAUUACUUGCUAAGGGUAGGCAAUGGCACCAAGGAAGUUGACGAUCAAGGAAACAUACGACUCCCUGAAGAUAUUUGUGUGCCGUCUACAGGCGAGGGUGACGACCUAGAGAAGCUGAUUGACCAUGUGUUUCCGAGACUAGAUGACAACAUGUCCGAUCCGAAUUACAAGACUUCACGCGCAAUCCUCUCCACCACGAACGACAACAUCGACAAGAUAAACAUACGCAUGGUAGAGCGUUUUCGGGGAGAAGAAGUAAUCUACCAUAGCUUUGACAGUGCAGAAGACGACCCGUAUGGCUACUACGCGCCCGAGUUCCUAAAUGGAUUGACUCCCAACGGUCUGCCUCUGCAUGCACUCAAACUGAAGCUCAACUGCCCCGUCAUACUUCCAAGGCCAAAAGAACAGUAA